UUAUCUAUUCUUGCUAAUGGCAGGAUUUUACAUUGUUUUUUUCAUAAAGUAUACUACAAAAUGUGCAAAGUAGGCAUCCUACAUGUUUGCCGUGGUAAAAAUGAUCAUAAUGAGCAGAUUGUACGGGAGUGUGCUGUUAUAGGAACCAGUGACAUUUGAGGAUGUGGCUGUGGCCUUCACCCAAGAAGAGUGGCAGCAUCUGGACUCAGCUCAGAAGACCCUCCACAGGGAUGUGAUGCUGGAGACCUAUAGUCACCUGGUCUCAGUGGGGUGUUCAUGUAUAAAACCAGAUGCAAUAAUUAAGUUAGAACAUGGAGAAGCCCCGUGGAUUAUAGAGAGUGAGUUGUCAAGGUGGAUCUGUCCAGACAGGGAAAAAGGCCUUGAAUCUACCCAAGAGAUCAUUUCUGGAGAACUUUCAUCUCAAAGGGAGAUAAUAGAAAGAACCCCAAAGGAUAAUUUAUUAUACUCUAUUUUGAAAGUUUGGCAUAUUGGUAAUCAAAUAGAUAAUUAUCAAGGAAACAAAGACAGAGUUUUGAGGCAGGUCACAGCCAUCAUCCAUGAAACAUUGGCUGAGGAGACAGGCCCUGAGUAUAAUGCAUUUGGAAAAAUGUUCAAUGGGUACACAGACCUUGAUCCUUCAAGUAAAAAGCUCCAUAAUUUUGAUUUAUGUUAGAAGAACUUAAAAUCUAAUUUAGACUCACAAAAUUGUGAUAGGAACUAUGCAAGAAAGAACUCCAUUGAGAGAUUUGGAUGUGGAAGGCCACCUGGCUAUAGUGCCUUCUGUUCUGUGCCUGAGAAUGAAGGCUUCAUUCAUAUUGGAAUAAAGCCCUGUGGAGAGAGUGAAUAUGAAAAAGUUCUUCAUAAUAAGCAAGCCCAUAUUCAGUAUAAAAAAGUUCAAGCCAGAGAGAAACUCAAUGUUUGUAGUGUGUGUGAGAAGGGCUUUAUCAAGAAGUCACAGUUUGUUGUACAUCAAAGAAUUCAUACUGGAGAGAAACCAUAUGCAUGUGGAGAUUGUGGGAAAGCCUUCAGUUAAAAAUCACACCUCAUUGUCCAUCAGAGGAUUCAUACUAGGGAGAAACCCUAUGAAUGUACUGAGUGUGGAAGGGAAGGGAAACCUUACAAAUGUUUUGAGUGUCCAAAAGCCUUUUCCCAGAAGUCACAUCUCAUUAUACAUCAGCGAGUUCAUACCAGAGAGAAGCCCUUUGAAUGCAGUGACUGUGGGAAAACCUUUUCUGAUAAAUCUCAUCUUUGUGUACACCAGAUAACUCAUAAUGGAGAGAAGUCCUAUGAAUGUACUGAAUGUGGGAAGACCUUCCCUCAGAAAACUCAGCUCAUCAUACAUCAGAGAAUGCACACUGGAGAGAAGCCUUAUAAGUGUAGUGAAUGUGGAAAAACCUUCUGCUAGCAGUCUCACCUCAUAGGACAUCAAAGAAUUCAUACAGGAGAGAAACCUUAUGUGUGUACUGACUGUGGGAAGGCCUUUUCCCAGAAGUCACACCUCACUGGCCAUCAAAGACUUCAUACUGGAGAAAAACCUUAUUUGCGCACUAAAUAUGGAAAAUCCUUCUCUCAGAAAUCACCUCUUAUUAUACACCAGAGAAUUCGUACAGGGCAGAAACCCUAUGAGUGUAGAGAAUGUGGCAAAAUCUUCUCCCAGAAAUCACCCCUUGUUAUUCAUCAGAGAAUUCACACAGGGGAGAAACCCUAUGAAUGUGCUGAGUGUGGGAGGGCCUUUUCCCUGAAGUCACAUCUCAUUAUACAUCAGAGAGCUCAUACUGGAGAGAAACCAUAUGAAUGUAAAUGUGGAAAGGCCUUCUGGGAGAAGUCUCCACUCAUUAUUCACCAGAGAACCCAUACUAAGGAGAAACCCUCUGAAUGUGCUGAGUAUGGGAUGACCUUUUCCUGGAAAUCACAGAUGAUCACAUAUCAGAGAACACACACUGGGGAGAAAACUUCCAAAUGCAGUGACAGUGCGAAGGCCUUCUGCCAGCAUGUAUACCUCACUGGACAUCAGAAUCCAUCUAGAAGAGAAACCUUAUAUAUGUACUGAUUGUGGGAAAGCUUUUUCACAGCAGUCAGACCUCAUCGUGAAUGGGAAAACUCACAUUGAACAGAAAUCCUAUGGAUAUGUUGGACAUGAAAAAAUGCGGCAAUUUCUCAGCUGUAGAAUAGACUCAUAUAUUUCUCAGUAUUCUGAUUACCCCUCCACAGAAUGAUCUGGUUAGGCCCUCAGAGUGUUUUCAACACAAUAAAUAUGGAAUCAAUUUACUCACCCUCAAAUUAUCUUGGCUCCCUUCAUAGAAUAAAUG